GCGGCCGCCGCCCGGGAUGCUCCGGCUCCGUCCACCAAUCUGGGCGCUCUCCGCGCCGCGCUCCGCUCCCCGGCCGCACCGAGGCGGAGCGCAGCCCCCAGCGCCGGGUCGUGACCUCUCACCUCGGCCCCCUCCCUCGGAAAAGAAGGCGAAAGGCCAGACUCUCCGCCCUCCCCGCCCCAGUCCCCGGGGAGACCCCGAGCCUCCCUGACCCCCACCCCGUCGCACGCGCGCACGCACUCGCGGCCCCCCGCCCCCAGGCUCAAUCUUGUUCGCCCACCUCUUGACAACCGCCUCGAACAAGCACCGUCGUCGUCUCCGUCGCCGCCGCCGCCUCCACCUCCGCCGCCGUCGAUGUCUUCGUCACCGUCGUCGUCGCCGCCGCCGCAGCCGCCAUGUUUGUUGUGUCUCCGCUUCCCUCCCCCUCCCCCCGCACCCCCUUUCCCCCUCCUUCUUUCUUCAAGUCUCGCGUGAACGGCGGCCGCUCGCGCCCCGAGACUCCUCAGGAGGGGCAGUAGGGAGAACUACUCCGGGAGAAAAACAUGCCCGGCUAGCUUUCCCUCCUCCCUCCCACCUCCUCCUCUUUCUUCCCUUAAAUGUCCAUUCGGGCCUCCCGUAGGAGCCGCGGGUGGGUGGGGGAGCGGCCGUAGGGGGGUGUGUGCGGGGCGUUUCUGCCUGCCCCGCCCCUCGCCCCGCCCCCUGCCCUCCCUUCCACCUUGCCUUGGGCUACGGGGGCUGGCUCGAAGCUGGAGCACAGUCUAACUGGAGGGGAGCCGAGAUGGAGCUGGCGGCGGCGCAGCUCCUGCGCUCCGGAGGCGGUGGCCUGCUAAGAAGAAACUUCUUGACUUGUCUGUCCUCUUGGAAAACUCCUCCUUGUUUCUUAAAAUCUUCCCAGCCAGAAGCUUCAUAUAAUAUGUCAAAUAAUGGAGUAACAUUUGCUCCACUUCAGACAUUUACAGAAGAGGAAAUGAUGAUUAAAAAUAUGGUUAAAAAGUUUGCAGAGAAACAAGUUGCUCCUUUCGUGGCCUCAAUGGAUGAAAAUUCAAAAAUGGACAAAUCAGUAAUAGAUGGAUUAUUUCAACAAGGGUUGAUGAGUAUUGAAACUGAAACAAAGUAUGGAGGGACAGGAGCUUCAUUUUUUUCCUGUAUCCUAGCAGUAGAGGAAUUAGCAAAGGUUGAUGCAUCUGUAUCUAUUUUCUGUGACAUCCAGAAUACAUUAAUCAAUAAACUGAUUAGAAAAUUCGGGACAGAAGAACAAAAGACAACCUACUUGACCAAGCUGGCUAAAGACACAAUAGGAAGUUUUUGCCUUUCUGAGGCUCAGGCUGGCAGUGAUGCAUUUGCUUUAAAGACUAAAGCUGAGAAGAAGGGAGACUAUUAUAUCAUCAAUGGCUCCAAAAUGUGGAUUAGCAACGCAGAAUACGCAGGAGUCUUUCUGGUGAUGGCAAAUGCUAACCCUGGUAUGGAUUACAGAGGAAUUACUUGUUUCAUAAUAGAUCGUGACACAGAGGGACUUCAGAUAGGAAAGAAAGAAAACAAAUUAGGACUCAGAGCAUCUUCUACCAAUUCAUUGAUGUUUGAUAAUGUUAAGGUACCAGAAACUAAUAUCCUAGGACAGCUUGGCCAUGGGUACAAAUAUGCCAUUGGAAUGCUUAAUGCAGGCAGAAUAGGAAUUGCUGCACAGAUGUUAGGACUGGCACAGGGAUGUUUUGACCACACCAUUCCCUAUCUUAAAGAAAGAAUGCAGUUUGGUGAAAGAAUAUUUUCUUUUCAGGGAAUUCAACAUCAAGUAGCUCAAGUGGCCACGCAGCUCGAGGCUGCAAGAUUGCUGACUUACAAUGCUGCCAGACUUUCAGAAACUGGGAAACCAUUUGUAAAAGAAGCUUCCAUGGCAAAAUAUUUUACAUCAGAGAUUGCUGGAUUGACAACUAGUAAAUGCAUAGAGUGGAUGGGUGGAGUUGGGUAUACCAAAGAUUUUCCAAUGGAAAAAUACUUCCGAGAUGCAAAGAUUGGUACAAUAUAUGAAGGAACAUCAAAUAUCCAGUUAAAUACCAUAGCAAAAUUGUUAGGUCAAGAAUACUGAGGGUCACAAGAACAUGACGACUGUUACUGCAGCCACUUUGUAAAACAUAAAUCGAGUGCCUUAGAUGGGAAACAGUGGGGUACUUUCAAGCUGGAAUAGUUUUCUACAUUACAUUCUCUUGGAACAUAUUGGGUCUCUCUGCUUCUUGCUUCUCACCAGUGAUUCAGAGCAGGUAACUUUUCUUCAUGGUACAGAGGUUACUUUUUCCCAGCAUCUGGCAAAAUUAAGAUACUUCUUUUGAGGUAAUUAUUACAAAAAUUGUCAUUUCAGCUUCAUUUUAAAAUCUAUCAUAUUUCUAAUACAGAUCAGAGAAAUUGGUAUCAGAGUAGGUUAUUUGUAUUCAAUACCUUUGCAGAUUCACCAGUGCCUAGUAUCAUAUCUAUUUUGCACAUGUUUAUUGAAAGAUUUAAUGCUGGUAAAUUCAGAAAUUGAUAGAAAUUCAUCAAGAAAAGCUAAGAGAGUCAUUUUAAAUGUCAAAAAAUUUGCAUAGCAUAAUAGUGCAAGUCAAUUAAAGGAACUGUUUAAUUUAUAUUUAAUUGUUUUAAUUAGAACAAAAUGUGGUUUGUUGUUGAGUUCACUUAAAAAUUAUAAAUGGUCUAAUCAUGUCAGCAGAUUGUAAAGUCUCAGUAUCACUUUUCAAGUUCUGUGGUUAAGAAACUUAGUAAAAUAUUUUUAAAUCAGUUAAUUUUGUAAAACUAAAGAUCUCCACGAGGCACUGUUUUUCAGUAUCUCUAUAUCUUUCUGAAUCUAAAUUGCAUGUUGUUAACCCUAAUUAAUUUGUUGAGCCUUAUCAUGAAAAAAAUUCAAAAUUGUAUUUUUUAAAGAAAACAUACACUUUAAAUCAAGUCCAUGGUGAAAUAUGAAUGUUUUACUACUCUAUUUUAAAAGGGUUAUGCUGCAAAUCAGAGAACUUUGACAUUUGGUAUACAGGUACAUUUUCAAAAUAACUUUUCUAAUGCAAUAAUAGUUAAGCAUUUGAAAUAUAUAAAUACAGCCUAAAGGGAGGAACCAUCUUUGACUGAUGGAGAGAGAAAUAAAGAAAAAUGUAGUUCAAAAAAGAUAGCAAUCUACUGUACUAUAAAAAAGUUAGUGACGAAAGUCCCAACAUUCAGUCCUUCAGAGCAAGAAGUCAGAGCAACCUGAAAAAGAAGGCAUUACAAUCGUAUUUCAAUUUACCAGUUAAGAUGCUCGAGGAAUCGAAGAGGGGCUGUUAAUAGUGCCAAAGAAUUAUAUACACAAUAGUGUCAACCCUUGCUGGUCUGGGGAGGAAGGGAUUGAUGCCCAAAAGUAAUGUUUUCAGUCUCCUUAAUCAUUGGAUUAGUGACGUUAGAGAUUUGUUUUUAGAACACAGGAAAUUAAUUGGUGUCAGAACUUUUAUUCUUACCACUGGGUAGCUUGUGAUAUUAUCGGCAUUAUAUUAAGCUUAACUGAUAAGGAAUUAAUCUGGUUCCUGUCAAAAGUAGAUUGAUAAAACACAUAUUAAACACUUACUAUGUUCCAAGCAGCAUGCUGAAGUAUUAAGAAUAUGCUAAUUCAGCAUUAUUUUGACUUACGUAUCUUAACAUUUGUCAAAUCCAUCGGCCACUUGGAGAGAUCUGGAGUACUAGGCCUAUGUCAAAAAUGAGUAUUACUAUGUAUUAUCAUAUGGACAUGUGAUUACAAUGUAUUUUAAUAAAUAUUGCCAUUGAAUUAUUUCAUAAAUGAAUUUUGCUUUCUAAACAAUA